AUGCUUACACUUGCUUACAUUGACUAUCCCCAAAAGAUUGUACUCAUGGUUACCACCAUCGGUGCUACUCCAUCUGAGUUCGACCUACAUGCUCCACAAUCUGUCGAUGAAAGGUGCAUCAAGAUUUUCUUUUACCCACCUCGGUCGGGACCUUCAUUUCCAGAUGUGAUGUUUGUUCAGCUUCCACCAGGGAAUCAAUUUUCAAUUCGUCAGAUUGCCGCUUUGUCUCCACGUGUUUAUGCUGGUGGCUGGUAUGAGUGGCUUGCAGUAAUAUUGCCAACAGUCGGGUGGUGGGCACCCUUUGAUGACUUAGGUUACGAGGUCAUCGAUGAUCAAAACAUUAUCGCAAUUCGCGAUGUGACCCCACCCAGUGAGAGGUCACUCAUGAGCUACAUGAAUUUGGGCGAGGAUGUGGUAACCAAUGAGAUAUUUCAGUCGAUUGUAUGCAAGUAA